AUGCCAACCACCCUGGCCGCCUCCCAGCUGGUACCAGGAGCAGUGCAGCAGGGCCAGGAGGUGCUGCAUGGCCUCAGAGCUGUGGUCACUGCCUCGCCCGGGGGCCCCGCGCUGGCCGCAGAGGCGCGGUGGGCAGCGCCCCCUGCCGCCCCGGGGCGCACACCCUGGGGACACUGGGCGCAGUUGCUAAAACUCAGCGGUCAGCGGGAGAACGUGCUGACAAGGCGAGGGCAGGAGCGCCUGGGCUCUAAGGAGAAACGGUGGCGAGGCGGAAACGGGGUGCCGAGAACGUUCCCCCAAGUGAUGCCUUGUCCCCCAAGGCCGCCCGAGCUGCCCGGCGCGCUGCACAGGGCGGUGGCGCUGGAGGGUGACAGUCGCGGUUUGGGGCGGGAUAGCCCCAGGACCUGGCGAGCCCAGCAGAAGGUGCGAAUGCCGGCGGAAGCGGUUACGGGACAAAGACCCGCUCCGGGUUUGGCUCGGGACGAGGGGAACGCCGGACCCUGCCAGGGACGCAGCGUGAGGGCCCUGCCAGGGCCGCAGCGUGAGGGGCAGCGGGCGAAAAUGCGGGCCUGCGGCGUGUGCUGGGCACGCGUCACCGCCGGGCGGCACGGCGCGCGGGACUUGGCCGGUCUGACUCCCUUCCGUGCCCCUAGGUGCGGACACUGCAAGCGGCUGGCGCCGGAGUACGAGUCGGCCGCGACCCGGCUGAAGGGGAUCGUGCCUCUCGUGAAGGUUGACUGUACAGCAAACUCCAACACCUGUAACAAGUAUGGAGUCAGUGGAUAUCCCACAUUAAAAAUUUUUCGAGAUGGAGAAGAGGCAGGGACCUAUGAUGGGCCCAGAACAGCAGAUGGAAUUGUCAGCCAUCUCAAGAAACAGGCGGGACCUGCUUCAGUGGCUCUCAGUUCUGUGGCUGAGUUUGAGAAGUUCAUUGGCGAUAAAGAUGCUUCUGUUGUGGGCUUCUUUGGUGAUGCAUCUGGGGAUGCUUACUCGGAGUUCAUGAAGGCAGCCAACAGCCUUAGGGAUAACUACCGCUUUGCACACACCACCGAGGAGCAGCUGGUGCAGAAGUACGGGGAAGAUGGAGAAGGCAUAGUCUUAUUCCGUCCUCCACGCCUGGCCAACAAGUUUGAGGAGAGCUCUGUCAAGUAUCCAGAAGACAAAAUCACCAGUGGAAAGAUCAAGAAAUUUAUCCAGGAGAACAUCUUUGGCAUCUGCCCACACAUGACUGAAGACAACAAAGACUUGAUCCAGGGCAAGGACUUGUUGGUGGCCUACUACGACGUUGACUAUGAGAAGAAUGCGAAGGGAUCCAACUACUGGCGCAACAGAGUUAUGAUGAUUGCAAAGAAGUUCUUGGAUGCUGGCCACAAACUGUCUUAUGCUGUUGCUAGUCGGAAAAGCUUUGGCCAUGAGCUUUCUGAGUUUGGUCUGGACAGCAGUGUGGGUGAGGCCCCCGUCGUUGCCAUCAGAACUGCCAAAGGAGAUAAAUAUGUCAUGCAAGAAGAGUUCUCCCGUGACGGAAAGGCUCUGGAGAGAUUCCUGCAAGAUUACUUCGAUGGAAACUUGAAAAAAUACCUGAAAUCAGAGCCUGUCCCUGAAAGCAACGAUGGCCCUGUAAAAGUGGUGGUGGCUGAGAACUUUGAUGAAAUAGUUAAUGCUCAAGACAAAGAUGUCCUGAUAGAGUUCUAUGCACCGUGGUGUGGCCACUGCAAGAAUCUGGAGCCCAAAUACAAAGAACUGGGGGAGAAGCUCAGCAAAGAUCCCAAUAUCAUCAUUGCCAAAAUGGAUGCCACAGCCAAUGAUGUGCCUUCUCCCUACGAAGUCCGAGGUUUCCCCACCAUCUAUUUUGCUCCAGCUGGCAAGAAGCAGAGUCCAAAGAAGUAUGAGGGCGGCAGAGAAGUGAGUGACUUCAUCAGCUACCUAAAGCGGGAGGCAACCAACACUCCCGUCCUGCAGGAGGAAGAGAAAUCCAAGAAAUCCAAGAAGAAGGUGAAGGAGGAUUUGUAAAGUACCUACUUACCACCUUGUCAGGAUGAGCUCUGUGUGAAUUGGGGAAGCACUGGUCAGACUGGGGCCAGUCCUGGGCUGUGAGAGCCAGUGGCCAUGCGGGCUGAGGGGCCCCAGCUGCUGUAUCUAGUAAUGUUUCAUUUCCUGCCGUCUCUUAGCUGCACUGUUGUGGGGCUCCCCAGGUUUGUUUUGAGGUUUGGGAGGGGGUGGGGGUACAGUUAUUUUCUAAUUUUUUUUGUACAUUUGGAGAAGUGAAACAAUAAAAUGACCCCCUUAA